UUCCGGUCUAUGGGGCGAAGCAGGGCUUUGCUGUCCCCCCGCGUAGCGGCUGCCGGCACCGACACCGCCAUCAUGUCAGACACGGACAGCGAUGAAGAUUCCGCUGGAGGCGGCCCAUUUUCUUUAACCGGUUUCCUUUUCGGCAACAUCAAUGGAGCCGGGCAGCUGGAGGGGGAAAGCGUCUUGGAUGAUGAGUGUAAGAAGCACCUGGCAGGCUUGGGGGCUUUGGGUCUGGGCAGCCUGAUCACUGAACUCACAGCAAAUGAAGAAUUGAUUGGGACUGACGGUGCCCUGGUAAAUGAUGAAGGAUGGAUCAGGAGUACAGAAGAUGCUGUGGACUAUUCAGACAUUAAUGAGGUAGCAGAAGAUGAAAGCCGAAGAUACCAGCAAACAAUGGGGACCUUGCAGCCCCUUUGCCAUGCAGAUUAUGAUGAGGAUGACUAUGAUGCUGAUUGUGAAGACAUUGAUUGCAAGUUGAUGCCUCCUCCACCUCCACCCCCAGGACCAAUGAAGAAGGAUAAGGACCAGGAUGCUAUUACUGGUGUGUCUGAGGAUGGAGAAGGCAUCAUCUUGCCCUCCAUCAUUGCCCCUUCCUCUUUGGCCUCAGAGAAAGUGGACUUCAGUAGUUCCUCUGACUCAGAAUCUGAGAUGGGACCUCAGGAAGCAACACAGGCAGAAUCUGAGGAUGGAAAGCUGACCCUACCAUUGGCUGGGAUUAUGCAGCAUGAUGCCACCAAGCUGUUGCCGAGUGUCACAGAACUUUUCCCAGAAUUUCGUCCUGGGAAGGUGUUACGCUUCCUACGUCUUUUUGGACCAGGGAAGAAUGUCCCAUCUGUUUGGCGGAGCGCUCGGAGAAAGAGGAAGAAGAAGCACCGUGAACUAAUACAGGAAGAGCAGAUCCAGGAGGUGGAGUGCUCAGUAGAAUCAGAAGUCAACCAGAAAUCUUUGUGGAACUACGACUACGCUCCACCACCACCUCCAGAGCAGUGUCUCUCUGAUGAUGAAAUCACAAUGAUGGCUCCUGUGGAGUCCAAGUUUUCCCAGUCAACUGGAGAUACAGAUAAAGUGACAGACACCAAACCAAGAGUGGCUGAGUGGCGUUAUGGUCCUGCUAGACUGUGGUAUGAUAUGCUGGGUGUUCCUGAAGAUGGCAGUGGGUUUGACUAUGGCUUCAAACUAAGAAAGAUGGAACUUGAACCUGUGAUGAAAUGUAGAAUGAUGGAGGACUUCAGGAAACUUGAGGAAAGCAGUGGCACUGAUCUUCUGGCUGAUGAAAACUUCCUGAUGGUGACACAGCUGCAUUGGGAGGAUGAUAUCAUCUGGGAUGGGGAGGAUGUCAAACACAAAGGGACAAAACCACAGCGUGCAAGCUUGGCAGGCUGGCUUCCUUCCAGCAUGACUAGGAAUGCCAUGGCUUACAAUGUUCAACAAGGUUUUGCAGCAACCCUGGAUGAUGACAAACCUUGGUACUCCAUUUUUCCCAUUGACAAUGAAGAGCUAGUGUAUGGACGCUGGGAGGACAAUAUCAUUUGGGAUGCUCAGGCCAUGCCCCGGCUCUUGGAGCCUCCUGUUUUGACACUUGAUCCCAAUGAUGAGAACCUCAUUUUGGAAAUUCCAGAUGAAAAGGAAGAGGCUACUUCUAACUCCCCCUCCAAGGAGAGUAAGAAGGAAUCAUCUCUGAAGAAGAGUCGAAUUCUGUUAGGGAAAACAGGAGUCAUCAAGGAGGAACCACAGCAGAACAUGUCUCAGCCAGAAGUGAAAGAUCCAUGGAAUCUCUCCAAUGAUGAAUAUUACUACCCUAAGCAACAGGGUCUUCGAGGCACCUUUGGAGGAAAUAUUAUACAGCACUCAAUUCCUGCUGUGGAAUUACGGCAACCCUUCUUUCCCACCCACAUGGGGCCCAUUAAACUACGGCAGUUCCAUCGCCCACCUCUGAAGAAGUACUCUUUUGGGGCACUAUCUCAGCCAGGUCCCCACUCAGUCCAGCCCUUACUAAAGCACAUCAAAAAGAAGGCUAAGAUGAGAGAACAAGAGAGGCAAGCUUCAGGUGGUGGAGAGAUGUUUUUCAUGCGCACACCUCAGGACCUCACAGGCAAAGAUGGAGAUCUUAUUCUUGCAGAAUACAGUGAGGAAAAUGGACCAUUAAUGAUGCAGGUUGGCAUGGCAACCAAGAUUAAAAACUACUAUAAGCGGAAACCUGGAAAAGAUCCCGGAGCCCCAGAUUGUAAAUAUGGAGAAACUGUUUACUGCCAUACAUCUCCUUUUCUAGGCUCACUCCAUCCUGGACAAUUACUGCAGGCAUUUGAGAACAAUCUUUUUCGUGCUCCAAUUUAUCUUCAUAAGAUGCCAGAAACUGACUUCCUUAUCAUUCGCACAAGACAAGGUUACUAUAUUCGGGAAUUAGUGGAUAUUUUUGUGGUUGGACAGCAGUGCCCCUUGUUUGAAGUUCCUGGGCCCAAUUCCAAAAGGGCCAAUACACAUAUUCGAGACUUUCUCCAGGUUUUUAUUUACCGCCUGUUCUGGAAGAGUAAAGAUCGGCCACGGCGGAUCCGAAUGGAAGAUAUAAAAAAAGCCUUUCCAUCCCAUUCAGAAAGCAGCAUCCGGAAGAGGCUAAAGCUCUGCGCUGACUUCAAACGCACAGGCAUGGACUCAAACUGGUGGGUGCUGAAGUCUGAUUUUCGUUUACCAACUGAGGAGGAGAUCAGGGCUAUGGUGUCUCCAGAGCAGUGCUGCGCUUAUUAUAGCAUGAUAGCUGCAGAGCAGCGGCUGAAGGAUGCUGGCUAUGGUGAGAAGUCCUUUUUUGCUCCAGAAGAGGAAAAUGAGGAAGAUUUCCAGAUGAAGAUUGAUGAUGAGGUUCGCACUGCUCCUUGGAAUACCACAAGGGCCUUCAUUGCUGCCAUGAAGGGCAAGUGUCUCCUAGAGGUGACUGGGGUGGCAGAUCCCACAGGGUGUGGUGAAGGAUUCUCCUAUGUGAAGAUUCCAAACAAACCAACACAGCAGAAGGAUGAUAAGGAGCCUCAGCCAGUGAAGAAGACAGUGACAGGAACAGAUGCAGACCUCCGUCGCCUUUCACUGAAAAAUGCCAAGCAACUUCUACGUAAAUUUGGCGUGCCUGAGGAAGAGAUAAAAAAGUUGUCCCGCUGGGAAGUGAUCGAUGUAGUACGCACAAUGUCAACAGAACAGGCCCGCUCUGGAGAGGGGCCCAUGAGUAAAUUUGCCCGUGGAUCAAGGUUUUCUGUGGCUGAGCAUCAAGAGCGUUACAAAGAGGAAUGUCAGCGCAUCUUUGACCUGCAGAACAAGGUUUUGUCAUCAACUGAAAUCUUAUCAACUGACACAGAUAGCAGCUCAGCUGAAGACAGUGACUUUGAGGAGAUGGGAAAGAACAUCGAGAACAUGUUGCAGAAUAAGAAAACCAGCUCUCAGCUGUCACGUGAGCGGGAGGAGCAGGAGCGGAAGGAACUGCAGCGGAUGCUACUGGCAGCAGGCUCAGCAGCAUCAGGAAACAAUCACAGAGAUGAUGACACAGCUUCUGUGACUAGCCUUAACUCUUCUGCCACUGGCCGUUGUCUCAAGAUUUAUCGCACGUUUCGCGAUGAAGAAGGGAAAGAAUAUGUUCGCUGUGAGACCGUCCGAAAGCCAGCUGUCAUUGAUGCCUAUGUGCGUAUACGGACCACAAAAGAUGAGGAAUUCAUUCGUAAAUUUGCCCUUUUUGAUGAACAGCAUCGAGAAGAGAUGCGAAAAGAACGGCGGAGGAUUCAAGAGCAACUGAGGCGGCUUAAGCGAAACCAGGAAAAGGAGAAGCUUAAGGGUCCUCCUGAGAAGAAGCCCAAAAAAAUGAAGGAGCGUCCUGACCUAAAACUGAAAUGUGGGGCUUGUGGUGCCAUUGGGCACAUGAGAACAAACAAAUUCUGCCCCCUUUAUUAUCAAACAAAUGCUCCACCUUCCAACCCUGUUGCCAUGACAGAGGAGCAGGAGGAAGAGUUGGAAAAGACAGUCAUUCAUAAUGAUAAUGAAGAACUUAUCAAGGUUGAAGGGACCAAGAUUGUCUUAGGGAAACAGCUAAUUGAGAGUGCAGAUGAGGUUCGCAGAAAAUCUCUGGUUCUCAAGUUCCCUAAGCAGCAACUUCCUCCCAAGAAGAAACGGCGAGUUGGAACCACUGUUCACUGUGACUAUUUGAAUAGACCUCAUAAGUCCAUUCACCGGCGCCGGACAGACCCCAUGGUGACAUUGUCAUCCAUUUUGGAGUCUAUCAUCAAUGACAUGAGAGAUCUUCCAAAUACGUACCCUUUCCACACUCCAGUCAAUGCAAAGGUUGUAAAGGACUACUACAAAAUUAUCACCCGACCAAUGGACUUACAAACGCUCCGUGAAAAUGUGCGUAAACGCCUCUACCCAUCUCGGGAAGAGUUCAGAGAGCAUUUGGAGCUAAUUGUGAAAAAUAGUGCCACCUACAAUGGGCCGAAGCACUCAUUGACCCAGAUCUCUCAAUCCAUGCUGGAUCUCUGUGAUGAAAAACUUAAAGAGAAAGAAGACAAAUUGGCUCGUUUAGAGAAAGCUAUCAACCCCUUGCUGGAUGAUGAUGACCAAGUGGCAUUUUCUUUUAUUCUGGACAACAUUGUCACCCAGAAAAUGAUGGCAGUUCCAGAUUCUUGGCCAUUUCAUCACCCAGUUAAUAAGAAGUUUGUUCCAGAUUAUUACAAAGUGAUUGUCAGUCCAAUGGAUUUAGAGACCAUACGUAAGAAUAUCUCCAAGCACAAGUAUCAGAGUCGGGAGAGCUUUCUAGACGAUGUCAACCUUAUUCUGGCCAACAGUGUUAAAUACAAUGGGCCUGAAAGUCAGUAUACCAAGACUGCUCAGGAGAUUGUGAACGUCUGUUACCAGACAUUGACUGAGUAUGAUGAGCAUUUGACUCAACUUGAGAAGGAUAUUUGCACAGCUAAAGAAGCAGCUUUGGAGGAAGCAGAAUUAGAAAGCUUGGACCCAAUGACCCCAGGGCCUUACACACCUCAGCCUCCUGAUUUGUAUGAUACCAACACAUCCCUCAGUAUGUCUCGAGAUGCCUCUGUAUUUCAAGAUGAGAGCAAUAUGUCUGUCCUGGAUAUUCCCACUGCCACUCCAGAAAAGCAGGUGACACAGAUGCGCCAGGGCCGAGGUAGGCUGGGCGAGGAAGACUCUGAUGUAGAUAUUGAAGGGUAUGAUGAUGAGGAGGAGGAUGGGAAACCUAAGACUCCAGCCCCAGAAGGUGAAGAUGCAGAUGGUGAUCUUGCAGAUGAGGAGGAGGGAACUGUGCAACAGCCUCAAGCCAGUGUCCUGUAUGAGGAUUUGCUUAUGUCUGAAGGAGAAGAUGAUGAGGAAGAUGCCGGGAGUGAUGAAGAAGGAGAUAACCCUUUCUCUGCUAUCCAGCUGAGUGAAAGUGGAAGUGACUCCGAUGUAGGAUCUGGUGGGAUAAGACCCAAACAGCCCCGCAUGCUUCAGGAGAACACAAGGAUGGGCAUGGAAAAUGAAGAAAGCAUGAUGUCCUAUGAGGGAGACGGUGGGGAGGCUUCUCAUGGUUUGGAGGAUAGCAACAUCAGUUAUGGGAGCUAUGAGGAGCCUGAUCCCAAGUCGAACACCCAAGACACAAGCUUCAGCAGCAUCGGUGGGUAUGAGGUAUCAGAGGAGGAAGAAGAUGAGGAGGAGGAAGAGCAGCGCUCUGGGCCGAGCGUACUAAGCCAGGUCCACCUGUCAGAGGACGAGGAGGACAGUGAGGAUUUCCACUCCAUUGCUGGGGACAGUGACUUGGACUCUGAUGAAUGAGGCUUCCUUUGGGCCUCCUUGGUCAGCCUUCCCUGUUCUCCAGCCUAGGUGGUUCACCUUUCCCCCACUUGUUUAUAUUUGUACAGUGUCUGAUCUUGAAGUCACCAGAUUAACUAGUACCGUAGCCUUUAAAAAUUAGUAAGUAAGUAAAUGAUAAAAAAAUCAUCUCUCCUGAUCUUCCUGGGGCAGUUCCACCCUUUGAUUUAAAACCAAGCAACCCCCUUCCCCCUACCACUAACAGAGAGCAAUCUUCUUCUCCAGUGCCCCCUUUAACUCCAUUUAUUGCUCUUAGUAUCAUUCUUUCCUGGGGAAAGAAGAGAAAUCAUGGAAGAACUAAUAACUUUAUGUCCUCUUGAUGUAUUAGAAAAUUUCCAAGCAUGGUAUCAUCUCAGUUUUCUAAUUUGCAGGCUGGAACAGGGGGCAGCCCCUCUGCUGGGACAGAGAAUUGGAUUCUGGUGGACUCUAUGCCACACUAAAAUCAUAAACCUCUUGGACAAACUGAACUGCCCAUUAUUUUAUUAUUUAUUUGAUUAUACAAUGCCUUGUUCCUAAAUGGAUUGGAGGCAAAUAACUAUAAAUCUUUGAAACAGCCUAUAUGUCAGAAAUGAUAUGUUGCCAUGUAAAUGUGUUCUGUCCCUACCCCCCAGGGGAAAUGGUAGGGAAAUGGUAAGUUCCUUAGGGCAAAGACUGUGUCUUCUGUUUCUUUUCAUGCUGAGGAUAAGGUUCUGUGCAGAGUAGGUACUCAGUAAAUGUUCCUAGAAUCAUAAAAUCCUCAACAGAUUCAUUACUGAGCAUCUGCUCCAUGGUAAGCAUUCCAUCAAAACCUUGGGAUGCAAAAUUAAAUAAGACGCAUUCCUUUCACUGAACAAUAUCACCAUCAAGUUGGGGGAGGGGGAGUGGAAUUCAAGACAUGUUAAUAAAUCAUUACAGUACUUUGAGAUAAGUGCAAUUAAGAAGCUAGCUAUAAAGUAUAGGGGAAAAUAGAAGAGUGAUCAUGUCUGAAAAAGUCAGGGAAGUCUUCCUAGAGGUAAUUUUUAAGCUGAUUGUUGAAGAAUUAGUAGGAGCUUGCCAGAUGGAAAAGUCCAGGCAGAGUGUAACAUGAAGUGAAAAGGCCGAACUCCAGAAAUGGCAGAGUGUGUUCCUAGUUUGUUUGUUUGUUUGUUUGUUUGUUUGUACCUGCCUUGUUCCAGAAAGGAUUUAAGGUGGUUUAUGUUCCAGUGCCUCAAAUGCUGGAAUGGCUAGAGAUGAGACUGAAAGAUGGAUAGGAAGCAUAUCGUCAAGAGCUUUGAAUUUGAUACUAAUGCAUAUGAAUUCUAUAUCAUGAGAAAUGAGGUGCUCUAGUGGAGUGAUAUAAUCAGAUUUGUGUUUUAGAAAUUUUCUGUAUAUUAAAUGAAGAAAAAUUGAACAAUCAUGUAACAAGUGUGAUACCGUUUUUGUAAAUGACAAAACCCAUGUGUGUGUAUAUGUGUUUAUAUAUGUGUGUAUGUGCAAAGGAAAAGGUCUGAAAGGAUAUACACAAAACUGUUCACAGUGAUAACCUCUGGGGAGUGGGAUUAGAGGGGAGGGGGCUAUAUGCUUGUGUGUAUACUGGGUGGGGUAUUGUGCUUUUAUUUCUGUAUUUGAAUUUUUUACAAGAAUGUAUUAUUUUUGUAAUAAAAAAAUCAAAAAAAUUCCAGCACUAGUGCGGAGAGUGGUUUGGAGGGUGGCAAAUCUAGUUCAAGUAUGGGGUAGUGGAGCCUGAACUAGGGCUGUGGCAUUAAGAUGGGGAGGAGGGGGAUGAAUUUGAGAGCUGUUUAGGGGAUAGAAUCAACAGGACUUGAUGACCAAUUGGCAUUUGGGAGUGGAGGAGGAAGAAUGAAAGGUAGCUUCCAGAAUUUUGGUUUAGCUUGAUUGGAUGGGUACAUGGUAUUCGUUCAUUCAUUCAGCAUUUAUCGAGCCACCUAUUUUUAUCAAGUAGUCUGCUAGAUGCUGAUACAGACGUUAAGAUACAGUUUCUGAUGGCAGGGCACUUAAGGUCUAGAAUGAGUGGUAGACAUAUAAAUAUAAAUAAGUUUAAUAAGAAAUGAUCAUUGCAAUAAAUAUUUACAAAGUUUCAUGGUGAUGAGUUACCAACUCUGCUUAUGAAGUAAGGAUAAGAAGCCUUCAUAGAGGGGAACCCUUCAGAUAGAUCAUGAAGAGUAGGGAGGAGUUUGCCGGGGGGCAGUGCGGGGGAGGUAUUCUAGGCAGAGGGAACAGAAUGCUUAGGGGCAUGAAAGUACAUGGUCUGUUCAUGGAGCAACAAGUAGUUCUGGAUGGAUGGAAUAUAGGAAACAUAUGUAGUGUAGUGAUUACAAGGCUCAGGAUCAAAUGCUUAUCUUAGAGAGAUCACUGGCACGGUGUGAAAAAUGGAUGGGCUGGGGAGGGGUGAUGCCAGAUGAGAGAUGAUGGAGACUUAAACUGGCUGAGGCAUUGGCAGUAGGGGUGAAAUGAGAGGCACCUCUUGGUGACUGAUUGGAUAAUGGAAAGUAAAAAAAAAAAAGUGGAAUCUAGGUUUCUGACUUAGGUGAUUGGGUAAAUGGUGAUGGCCAUUCACUGAAACAGAUUGAGAGUGGAAGGUAGGAGAAAUAGCUAAGUUCGGUUGGGAGCAUGUGUUUAAACUAUGAUAGGUAGAAAGCUUAGGAUUUGUGCAAACUUGGGAGUAGGUGAGAUCACACAGGAAGACUGUGACUGUGACUCUGUGUAGAGUCAGAAGAGUAUGGAGGGCAGAAUGCUGGUAUAGACCAAUUUUUAGGGGUGGUCAGAAAUAGAAGGAAAACUUGAAGAAUGAUAUUUCUUAAACCAAGGAAGGAGUUUUAAAGGAAGAAAGGAAAAGACUUAGCAUAUAUACCACAGGGAAGUAAAGUAAAAUAAAGCCUGAGAGCCUUUGGGUUUGGCAACUAGGAGGUCCCUGGUGACCUUAGCUAGCAAGAGAGAGACUAGAAGCCAGCCAGCAGGAGAGUGAGGGACAGAUGGAAGAUGAGGAAGUGACAAAAGAGAUCAUAGACUACUCUUUCUAGAAGCUAGGCUGUGAGGAAUAAAAGAGGGGGAGAGUCUUAAGAUGGAAGAAAAAUAGGGACUUCCCUGGCUGUCCAGUGGUUAAGACUGCGAUUCCACUGCAGGGGCCGCAGGUUUGAUUCCUGGUCAGGGAAUUAAGGCCCUGCAGCCAAAAAUUUUUUUUAAAAAAGACGGAAGAUAAAUAAGUACGGUUACAUAGGCUUAAGGGAGAAAGCAAUAGAGAAGGAGGGGUUGGAAAAAAGCAAGAGAAGAAAAUUGUUGGAAAGACCUCUGUGAAAACAGGAAGGAAUGUUAGCAUAGAUAGCAUUUUCUCCUAUAGGAGAAGAGAUUCCCCCACCCCCAGACAAAGGAAGGACGGAGUUGGAGUUACAGAUCAGCGUAUAGAUGAGGGAGAUAGAAAGUUGCAGU